AAGAAAGAGAUGGAGGAGGAUGAGAGGGAGAUGAUUGAUCAUUGGAGCCACGAGCAUCCACUUACUCUGGUGGAUACUCGUGGAGGAGAUCAUUGCUAUGGUUGUCAUGCGCGGUUUAGUAGCGGAGAGCAAGCUUAUGGAUGCAGCAUCAAUGGAUGUGAGUUUUCAAACCUCAUACACGCAGAAUGUGCAUCCAUGGCGAGAGAGAUACGGCAUCCGUUGCACCCACAGCCACAGCACAUACUCAUCCAACGAUACAAGGAUACGCAGUGGUGUCAAAUCUGUUCAACGUGGAUUAGCAGCAUUAGUUACAAAUGCACAAUCUCAGGAUGUAUGUUCAAUACGCACCUGAGAUGCGCACAUGCCAACGGUGUGAUCAAUGCAGCAACCCAUGAUGAUGAUGAUGAUGAUGGUGAUGAGCAAAGGCGCGUCAUCAUACGUCAUCCAAGUCACCCCAGCCAUGACUUGAAGUUGUUGAGGAGAAGGUGUCCCUUCAAGUGCGAUGCUUGCGGCACCACACGCAGGGAUAGUUCCUAUAUAUGCACCAAAGAUGAUUGCCAAUAUUUGAUCCAUCAAAAAUGUGCUUCUCUACCUCAACAAUUGAAAAGGGAAGACCAUCAUCACUCUCUUUCUCUCUCUUUUCAGGUUCCACCAGAAUAUAUCAUAUUUGACUACAAAUGUGAUGUAUGCUGCAUAUCUUUUCUACCCAACUAUUGGAUAUAUCAUUGUCCACUCUGCAGAUAUAUCGUCCACAUCAAGUGUGCCUUCGACAAGCUGCCUCGCCUCGCUGAAAAUAUUGGAAAAGACGUGAUCCAUCUCCCAACGAACGAGGUGGCCGGGGAACUAAUUACACCGUUUGUGAUGAAACAAAGAGGAGGAACAACAUUCAUUCCACCCAUCAUCAUCAUCCCUGCUGCUGAUGAUACUAAUGAGUUGGUGAAUAUGAAAUAUAAGUUCCUUCAUCACCAACAUCACCUCACUUUAGUUUCACUGGAUCAUCAAAACCAAGAAGAAGAAGAAGAAGAAGAAGAAGACGAGGAGAAUUAUGGAGUGAGAUCGGAAUUGAUAUGUGAUGGGUGCAUCUCUCCUAUAUCAUCAUCAUCAUCAUACUACUAUAUGAGUUGCAGUGAAUGCAAAUACAAUCUUCACAUUGCCUGCUUUCACUUGCCACCUCAACUCUCUUCUCUUUCAUCCCACCGCCAACAUGAUCACCACCUAUUUCUCCAAUCUGGUGACAAACUUCGACCUUGGCAAUGGCAAGAUUGCAUGAUCUGUAGAUAUCCUAUGAAUGGGUUGUAUUACGGUUGUGGAAAGUGUGGCUUCGAUGUAGAUAUCAAGUGCGCUUGUAUGCCGGAUACCAUACUUCACGCAGCUCACCCGCAGCAUCUCCUCGAGCAUGUGACCAAGUCGGAUCUACAAAGAGAUGUCAACUCAUGGCGCUUGACGUGUGCUGCUGGUUGUAGCAGUGACAUACCUUAUUAUGAUUGUUACAGGUGCUGCAGCAGCCCGUGUGAUUUCAUCGUGCACGUAAAAUGCGCUGUGCUGCCGGCAUCAGUCAGCAGCCGUAGAUGGGAUAGGCACCACCCGUUGCUGUUGACGUCUGACGCCACUCUCAACCGUCCUGGUGACUUCUACUGCGAUCAGUGCGAGACACAAAUGAAUCCCAAGAGAUGGAUGUAUCACUGCCGCAGCUGCGAUAUAUCCUUCCAUCCACAAUGCUUUCCAACUACAUCCGGAAAGUAUAGAAACAUCAAGUUGGGGAAGGAAUAUGUGAUCAAGGACGCAAUUCAUCCACACCCUCUCACCUUUCAACUUCUCACCACAAAAUGCCACUGCGACAUUUGUCAUUGCAAUGAGAAUGAAAAUCAAGGAUUUUACUGUGCAUUAUGCAACUUCUUCAUUUGUCUCUACUGGUGUGGUGGAAACAUGAUCAUAAAUGGGGUCAUGAAGGCCGUCGAAUGA